AUGGAUAUGACAUCUCGUAUUUUGACCAUCAUCCAAGGAUACGGUCAUAACGAAGAGAAUGCUGAAGGUGAACAAUGGCUGGGUCGCGCAAAGUUCGUUCCACGUGUUCAAAAGCAUGUUGACAGCAAUGUACCAAUCGAGCUUGUCCUUCCUGCAUUCCCCUGGAAGAGUGUGAACAAGGUGGAAAAGGUUCUUGGAGCUUUACCUGAUUUGGGCGAGGAGCUGGCCCUAGGCCGUCUCCAGAAUCUCUGCGAGGAUAUCCAGGAAAUUUACGCCCCUGGAGCUUACGUGACCAUUACUUCAGAUGGCCUUGUCUAUAGCGAUCUCGUGGGUAUCUCGAGCGAGGAGGUCUUUGAAUACGGAUUGAAUCUGCGACGUAUGGCUGAGGCAAAGGGUUAUGACCGUCUCAAGUUUAUGCGAAUCAUGAACCUGGUUGGCGUUAGCGACAGCAUCCAGAUGACCAAGGAGGAGUAUGUCAGCCGCGUCGAUGAAUCCCGCAAGAUGCUUGUGGAAAAGUACAUGCCCAAGGGAUUUGACGCUCGUGAGGCCAUCGCCAACGAUCCAGAUAUCAACCUCACAUAUUGCGGCUACAUCAUCUUCCUCAACAAGGAUUUACGGUACAGCCCUGUAACAGCCAAUGUUACCACCAAGGGAGAGUAUAAGCGAACCGUUAAGCGAGUCGCCAGCGACAUGAUUACCCGUGGCAAGGCCUUUGCUGCUGCUAUUGAUGACAACUUUCCCGACCACGUUCGUCUGUCUAUCCAUCGAUCCACCGGUACCAACAAGCUAUCUUUCCCUCUGAUCCCCCAGCCGAGCCACUUCUCCAUGACCCCUUGGCAUUGCUGCCUUGCCGUCACUUCCAAGGGCCAGUUCCGCACCGCUCAUGCCAUUGAGUUACGCGAGUCAUUUGAUGUCAUUGAACAAAACGGACGGCCCUACUAUUACCGCGACCGAUCUGAUGUGUGGAAGUGGGAUGUGCCUGUUGAGUUUGAGGUUUUCUACCCUAGAGGACUGUAUAUCCGAGCGAAGACAGCUGAGGGUGAAGCUGCGCCAAAGAUUGGUCCUAAUGAACUUGCCAAGAUUAAGAAGCUGAGCAAAGGAUUUUCGCCUGUUAUUCCCAUGGGGUUUGCUUAG